AUGGCCGCCGCCGCCGCUCCCCCGGGUGACGGGGAUGGUGAGGAGCCCUGGCGCCCUCCUCCUGGUUCACGAGCUGUAGGUCACUACCUCUGUAAGGGAGACUCCAAGGAUAAAGACUCUGCGCUUCCCUCAGUUAUCCUGUUCCCUUACAAGCAAUAUAUCGAUCGCCUACUGAACUAUAGCCGUGUCCUCGACUGUGUCCCCAGUGGCCGCUCCGCCUGCAUGCUCUGUAUUAAGCACGAUAACCUGUUCGCGACCAACCCGGGUCUGCGCUGGCUCCUCCGCGAGAUCCAGGCUAGCACUGAGAACUGUGCGCAUAUUAUCGGUAGGAAGACGACCCUGGAUAAGUACAUUUACUAA